UGCCUGCCAUUUUGCAAUUAAAAAUAUAAAGCUUCGGUGCUGCCAGUUGUAUGAUAGUCACUUAGAGCCAUUAUGAAAUUGCCAGUUGAAAGCCUUUUUGGACCGGUGCUUUGAAGUUUGUUUACCCACUACCGCUAAUUUUAAAAUCAUGUUUUGUUUAGAUUUUAGCGUUGACGAGAAUUCCUGUCUAAAUUGUAUCACAUACAUCGUUCAUUUCUUCUUAGUAUUGCACUACUGCAAAGCUUACCAUAUAGACAGACGCAAAUGGCUUAUGCUGCUGUAACUUCGCUUAAAGAAACACUCCAUCUAUACUUCUUGCAAUCGCAACCACGCUUGCCUCUUCAAGACAAUCAAGAGAUACUUAAUUCUCUCCAUCAAAAUCUUGGUUUCCUCCAAGAAAUUCUUGAGAAAUCUGAGAUUGCCAAUGAUAAUUCGCGGAUGAAAGAUUUAGAGGCAGAGAUUAGAGAUGUAGCAUUCAAAGCUGAAGAAAGGAUUGAGAUGGAGUUGAGUAGCAUAUAUCUAGCAAAGGGUUGGACGAAGCAUAUUCGUAUAAAGGUUUCCCUCCUCAGGCUUCGUGGAAUCUUCAAUGAAGCAGUAAAACAGAUUGAUUACCUCAAGAAGGAGUUGAUUGAAAUUAGUGAAAAGCAGCUUGCAAAGGGUCCAUCACUCCUUGGUUCAACAUCAUCAUCGCAGCCUGUUGAUCCAGAACGCCAGAAUAAUAUUAUUCCUGUGAGUGAAUAUUCCAAAAGCGCUUCAAAGUUUGAUAGUGGAAUGGUUGGAUGCGACGAGGAGUUCAAGACGAUAAUGGAUCAGCUCACUCGACAAUCAUCAAAGCAGCUACAAGUUGUACCAAUUGUUGGCAUGGGAGGAAUAGGCAAGACCACUUUAGCUGGGAAAGUCUAUAGUGAUCCACGAAUUACUUCUCAUUUUUACAUUCGAGCAUGGGUUACUGUAUCUCAAGAGUAUAACGUGGAACAAAUGCUCCAAUGCCUAAUUGGUUGUGUUAAUGCAGCAUCAAGAGAUGAACUUCAUGAACAGAGCAAUGAACUCCAUGAACAGCGGCGACAAAGAAAUUCCAAAGAAAGUCUGCGUAGACUGUUGAUGGGAAAGAGAUAUUUGAUAGUGAUGGAUGAUAUAUGGAGCACUACUGCUUGGGAUAGUGUGCAAGGAUGCUUUCCAGACGAUUAUAAUGGAAGUCGCAUACUAUUAACUUCUCGGCUCAGGGAGGUGGUUGAAUAUGCAAAUCCAGGUAAUUCUUCCAUUAACAUGCAUUUCUUAGAUGCCAAUGAAAGUUGGAAUCUCUAUUGCAAUGUGUUUGGUCAAACGAAAUUUCCUUCAGAGUUUGAGCAAAUUGGUAGAAACAUAGUGAAGAAAUGUAAUGGAUUACCUCUCGCUAUUAUUGUAAUAGCUAGUCUUCUCUCCAAGAUAGAGGCGGCAGUGGAGAAGUGGAAUAAUGUUGCAGAAAAUGUGAGUAGAUAUGUAAUUGGUGAUUCUAAUGAUGCAUGUUCCAGAAUACUAUAUUUGAGUUACAACCAAUUACCACACCACUUAAAAGCUUGUUUUCUAUAUUUUGGAGUUUUUCCCGAAGACUAUGAGAUCCAUGUGAAGAAGUUAGUUAGGUUGUGGGCGGCAGAGGGAUUUUUGAGGGCAGAGGAGCAUCAAAAUAUGGAGGAAGUGGCCAUGGAAUGCUUGCAAGAUCUUGUUGAUAGAAGUCUUGUUUUUGUAAGCAAACAGAGCUACAAUGGGAAAAUGAAGACAAUAAGAAUACAUGACUUGUUGCGUGAUUUGUGUUUGAGAGAAGCUCGAUAUGAAAAUCUCUUGAAUGUCAUUGGAGAUGAAAAACUUCCAUUUUAUAAGAAGAAAAUCUCUUGUCCUUGGAUAAGUGCUACAUCAAGGUUUCAUCUACUUCCUGUAUCAAAGUGCUAUCACAAAUCACAUUCCUUUCACUAUCCUAAUGCUUAUUACUCUAAAAGUGUGAAAUGUUUAUUUUCACACUUCAAACUACUAAGAGUAGUAGACAUAGAGAGCGUAUAUGUUUUCAUGAAUAUGUAUGGGGUAGUAUAUGUGCUCGCAAAUCUUAUUCAUUUGAGAUACUUAGCUUUGAGGUAUUCAAAUAGGACUUCCAAUCGAUAUUUUCAUUUAAAGCUCUUUGAGCAUUGGAAUAUUCAAAGCUUUAUUGUUGAUGGAGUAUUGGAUUCCUCUGAGGCAUGUGGAAUUUGGAAAAUGCCACUACUAAAGAAUUUUUGCAUUCAACGGAUUGAUUCAUUAGGAACUUCGUCAGUUGUUCAUAGAAACUUAGAGAGUAUAUCAUGGUUGAAUGCUAAGCUCUGUACAAAGGAUUUGUUUACAAGGAUUCCAAAUUUAAAAAAAUUGGGAAUUUAUGGUGGAUACCAGGAUAACAAUCUAGAUUAUUUUUACAAUAUUAUGCACUUGGGGCAGCUUGAGGAGCUAAGCAUCACAGCCUGGUUUUUCAACCAUAUUCCAUAUAGGGGCAUCUCAUGGGCAACUAAUUUUCUACCAAAUCUUAAGAAGCUCAAAUUCAUUGAUACUUAUUGUUUGGCAUGGAGUGAUAUGGAGCUUAUUGGUAUGUUGCCGAAUCUAGAGGUUCUAAAACUGAAACAUGCUAUUGAUAGGAAAGACACAAUGUGGGAACCACCCGAGGAAGGGUUCCGUCAAUUGAAAAGAUUGGUAAUUGAAUAUACAUUUUUGGAACACUGGAACGCCGUGGGUGACCAUUUCCCUAUGCUAGAAUGUUUAGAGUUACGUAGUUGCUAUUCUUUGCAAGAGAUUCCUAGUGGUUUUGCGGAUAUCACCACACUAGCACUGAUUCAAUUAAACUUGUGUUGGGAUUCGGUUCUGGCUUCGGCAAAGUUGAUUCAAGAAGAGCAAUACAACAACUAUGGAAAUGCCCUCCUUGUUCGUUCGGAAAAUAUUAAGGCGAAACAUUUAUACAACAAAUAGGAAGAAUGGGAUGUGGAGGAAGAGAGUGAUCUUUUGGUGGAUUAGGCAGCUGCAGUUUACUAACCAUUUGAGUGGGUGAAGAGAGAGCAAAUGGAACAAGUGUUAUCCAUCAACUCAUCAAGAAUACUCAACUUUUUUUCUUUUUUUUUUUUUGCCUUACAAAUCUCAUUGUGGAGAUUUCUAUUAGAACAGUAUUACUAGUAGUACUAUUUUGUUCUGUAGGAAAUAAAUUACUAGUUGUAAAACUUCCAUUUACAGCACUUGUUUUCAAAGUCUUGUCCUUGGAUAAGUAUUAGACCAGGAAGUUUCAAUAAUCAAAUCAGAUCUAAGUGCUUUGACAAA